AUGCAUACUAAAUCAAAUCUGCAAAGUGUGGGCCUGUGUUCUUUUUUAGGUCUGCUAAUUCGCCAUGUUACUGACGUUUGGUGCUUAAAUUUUGUUCACCAUUUGUUUAAAACUAGUAUUUCAUUAGUCACGCUUGAGAGAUUGACGAAUCAAAAAAUAUUGGACGAUUGCUAUUGUUCUGAAUAUCGUGACAAUAAAUCUACACCUUUAUUGACUAAGCAGAAUACAGACAUGGAAUGUUUGAAACCUAGGCUGGGCUUUGACUUUCAACUUUCUGACAAUUAUAAUCAGGCUAAUGGAAGAAUUCUAGCAUUUACAACAUCAUCCCUUUCCUACGUGACAAUCAGGGGAUCGGAAGAGUCAACAAAUCCUGCCACGAGGUGUACUGCGAUUGUGAAAGCAAAAUUUGAUAACUACUACUUGAUUAUACGUGCUGGAAUUGCCCAUUUUGAAAUGCAAAGCAUAGAAAUAAAAAUAGAAAAACAAAUGAUUGUGGUUAUCACUGUUUGUCCUGCUGGCACUGCACGUGCUCAGAAGCUAAUGCAACUGGAACAGUGCCAAAGAAAUUGUGCAAAAACAUAUGAGUUUAAUUGCAUCAAAUUGGGUCUUAUAAACCACAACAAUUUGGCUGUUAUUGACUUCCUAAUCUGCGGAGGCAACGACAGGCUAAUAGAUUAUCUAGAACACAACUUUGCUCAAGAAUGUUUAAAAAUUAGCAACACUAUGAUUGAAGAUAGAGAAGCUGAUAUAUCAGGCGCGUAUUUGUGCAAUAUAAAAGCAUUUGGAAAAAUAUGGAAACUAGUAAGUGGAGAGAUAGCAAUAUUUGGUUUCGUUAUAAUAAAAUUUGUUUGUAUAUCUCAAGGCGCAUUACGACCACCUUUUUUAGGUGCUCCAGACAUCGCCCUCACACUCAACGUCAUUUACGACAACAAGGCAUUGUACAAAAAUUGUGCUGAAGACACGUUCUUGAGGAAAAAUGGAAUUAUUGACUUCAAAGACGACAAUUCUAUGCUUUAA